GAGGGAUUAUAUUUGAUCAAGGGUUUGUAUAUCCAUUUAUGGUAAGCGUGUGAAAUAAUAUAAAAGAAUAUCAUAAUAAAUUUCCGGUGGUUUAUAAUUUGGAUACUUUAUAAUUCUAAAAUAAUAUGUCAUCAGGCGUAGCAGUAGAUGAUGAGUGUUUAAAAGUGUAUGAGGGUAUGAAAUUAAAAAAACAUAAUAAAUAUGUGAUAUUGGGGAUGUCAGAGGAUGAUAGGAAAAUUAAAGUUUUAAAGAAAGCUGAAGCUAAUGCCACCUAUGAUGAAUUCCUUAAAGAUCUUAAAGAGGCUGAAAGCCAAGGUGAUUGUAGAUAUGCUAUUUAUGAUUUUGAUUACAAAGUUGAAAGACAUGGCGCCCCUGAAGCAUCAACAAAUAAACUUCUAUUCUAUAUUUGGUGUCCGGGUAGUGCCAAAAUCAAGCGCAAAAUGAUUUACACCAGCAGUAAAGACGCGAUAAAGAAGAAAUUGGUCGGAAUAGGAGGCGAAAUUCAGGGAACCGAUGAUGCUGAGGUCAGCUAUGACGAAGUAUUAGAAAAGGUUAAAAGUGGUGAAAGACAUUAAGCCAAUCUUAAUACCUCUCUCGUAUAUACACUUACUUUACAAAAAAAUAACCAAAAUUUAACCACUCAUUUGUAUAAUAAUCUCUUUAAAUAUUUUUUUCUUCAAUUAGCCGAAACUUGAUAAUUAUUGAAGGUAGGUAAAGAUUUUGAGACUAUUUAUGUAAUACAUUCACGCGAAUCGUUAUUUCUAAUUAUGACAUGCAUUGCAUGUUGUGGUAUUAUGAUGCAUCACCUUAGCAAAAAAAUUAUAUUAUACCUAUAAAAACACUCGCCAUUUUAUAAAACAAAUAUAUCAAUGUUUAUUAUUUAUUUAUACAAUUUUAAAAUCUCAAUGUUAUUUAAAAUAAAACCUUUUUACAUUACAAUUUAAAAAUUUAUAAGCUCAAAACUUGAUUGGGUUUCGGUUCCCCUCUCCCCAUUGUUAUAAAUAGUUUGUGAUCAUCCAUAAAUUCAUAUUUGAUAAUUAUUAAUACAAAUCCAUUUAAAAUCUUUGUAAAAUUUCGACAUUUUUUUUUCUCAAGUUGAAAAAAAUUGUCAUUCUUUUUAUUGUCAUUUUUUUAGCAAAAUAUAUAACUGAACUGCUAAUAUUUAUUAAAUUAUAUUUUUGUAUCUUCAAAAUUUGUUUUAUUUAUUUCAUUUUCAAAAAAAAAUUUCAUAAUUAUUUAUUGAUAAUAAUAAUUUUUUUGCGAAAAAGUACCUUUGUUUUUUUGAUCCAUAUUUUUACAAUGAUUUAUUCAAACAAUAUAAUUAUAUAACAAUGAUAAUAUUAUAAAAAAAAUACUAGUAUAAUUUUGUGAAUAAAUAAUAAAUAACAUAA